AUGGAGGACCCCUUCGUGGCGACUUCGGGACAACCCGCUGCCUCGCGCGAAUCGCAUCGCUACUCCUCCUUUGACACGCAACUCUUCAACCUCAAUGCUUCCUCGCCCGCACAGGCGAAGCGCGCUCUCGAGGCUCACCUCGCAGAAACUGAGCGCCGUUUGGAGGAGGCAUCUAAACUGGGAACGGCCCUUAUUGAACAGCAACAGGCUCUCACAGAUCGACUGAAAGAGGUGGAACAGCAGCAAGAUGAAGGCGAGAUGGGACCGGAGCUGCGACAGCGGCUAGCUGACUUGGAGCAAGAAUAUAAUGAGAUUGGUCGUGAGACCGCCCGUGCCUUUCUCGGUCCGAAGAGAAUGGCAGGUGGCCCGGAGGAUCCGCAGUCGGGAACUCCGGGUUUCGAUCAAAAGUCUCCUCUCAAUUCGGCUCUCUUCGCGGGCCAAUCGACCAACUCCCCCAGCAAAGUGAGCGUUCCCUCUCGCAAACAGCGCAAUCAACCGUCCAGCCGUGUUCACGACAUCGAGUUUGCCACGGAGAUUUCCACCUCUCUUCUCGCUCAAGUGCGCCAAUUACAGGCCAUGUUGGCAGAAAGAGAGGAGACGCUCAAGUCGGUCAACUUGGAAAAGUCGCGACUGGAAAUCGAAGCAGAGGGAUACUCUCAGCGAAUUCGUGCUCUCGACGAUAGCGAGCAACGAUACAAGGACGAGAACUGGGCCCUCGAAACCCAAACGCACGAGCUCAUGGCUGCAGUCAGAGAAGCGACGGAACGCGAGAAGCGUCUUACCUCCAGCCUCAGCACUGCCAACGCAGAAAAAAAUGCCGUGGAGAGAGAGGUCGAGGAGCUGAGGCAAGCCAACGCAAAGCUGGCAGAGGAACAGGCCAUUGCUCAGAAAAUGAAUGAUUCUGAAAUCCACCUUCUGCGUCGGAACCUCACUGCUGGUGAUGCGGAAAAACUGGCCCUACAAAAGAAACUGGAGGAACUGACAGGUCAAAAUCAAGAGUUGGCGAAGGCGGUUGCCAUGCGCAUCCGUCAAUUUGAGUCGCAAGAUGCUCGAGACAUGCCCGACGACCUCAAUGAUGAUGACGAUGACCACAUCACACCGGAGAACUCGCCCCCUCAAUCGCCCAACAAGUUCACCCCUCGCCACGGCCAUUUGGAAACGGAAACACUCAAGAGCUCUCUAGGUCACGCGCAUCGCAUGAUCCAGAACCUGAAAAGCACCAUUCAUCGGGAGAAGACAGAGAAGAUCGAGCUCAAGCGCAUGCUACAAGAGGCUCGUGACGAGGUUGAGCAGCGUCGCCGUGAGACUAAUGCGUCUAACGCUUCGGUCAAACGACUGAAGACCAAGGAGGCAUCUCUCCGCAAGCCUGCUCGCCCGGACCUCCUCGGCGCCGGCCGGAAAGAAAAGGCGUCUGUCGAGCUGGAGUUCCAUGAUACAGACUGGGAGGACAACGCCGUUCAGGGCAGUCCCACAAGACCUACCGGGACCACCUGGGAUGCGGGUGCUCGCCCGGCUGUGCGCCCUGGUAUUCGCUCUGGGAUCGACUCCUCGACGGAUGAGCCCAGCGAUGUGUAUCAGACGGCCACGGAGGCUGAGGAAGGAUUCGAGACGGCAAACGAACGUGCGACGGCGACCGAAAGUGAAGCAUUCCAGACUGGCCUCGAAAGCAUGGCUGGCGAUACCAGCGAUGAUUCUGCUGACUUGACCGAGACAGAAAUCAGUAUCCAGAGAACUCCUCGCACCCGUAAGCCAUCCCUGGCAAUGGCGAAAACGCGUGAUCGUGAUCCCUACCACAGCACGGCAUCUGCCACGUCCGACGAGGAAGACACCGACGGAGGAUUCCCCUCCCCCAGCCAACAGACCCAUAUCUCUGGGCGCCGCGUUCGGAGCAAGCGGAGUGUUCUUCGGCGGAUUCGUCCCUCGGGAGAGGCUCCAAUGGCAAUCAACAGUCGCCCAUCCAGCGCACGCGCCUCUCCCGCCCCUAGCUUCGAGGAGCAGCCCGUAUCUCACGAGGGCCAGAGCCUCUUCGCGGAACUCGCAGAGCUGGAGGGUGGGGAUGAAGACGACGAUGGAGAUACUGUUGCAGCGUCCCCAACCUCCACCCCGCGUAUGGAUCCCUUAUCGGACUCUCGCAGACCAUCUGAGGUCAUGUUGGACACUUUGCCUCGGCCUGUCAUGGUCGAUUCGGGCAUGAUGACUGAUCCCUGGGAGCCUAGUAGCACAUCGAUUGCUGCCAUGGCCGGUGCUGCAGCCGCCGGUGCUGCGGCUGCAGGCGUGACCGGCGCAGCAGUCUCCGCUUUGCAUGACCAUGACCCCCCAACUACCCCCGAGAGAAACGCCGAUCGUGAAGUUGCAGUCAAUGAUGGGGAACUGCCCGUGGUGACCAGCUCAGGCACCCAGUGGACACCUCUCAAGCACACUAAUGGAGAUCACGAUCAACUAGGCAACGUCCCCACGCCACCAAAGAUGGCAUGGGAUGAUCGAUCAGUGAGAGCCGAGUUGGUCGAAGCUAGUACUCAGGCUGAGCCGGUGGAAAUGGGCGUGGCGUCAAUUUUCACCCAGGAAACGCUUCCCACUCCGCCACGUCUUCCUGAGCUUGCGAUUUCCUAUCUCCCUGGUUGUUUCACCCAGCCUGUGGAGCAUGCGGUGCCCGUUCCUGAAGUGCCGGAGAUGGUAUACUCAUCGAUUGAGUCGCAGGAGACAGCUCCUGUCAAAGCCAUUAUUCCAACUCCGGAGCCUGUCAUGCCUGUUGUGGCUGCCCGAGAGCACCCCGAGCUGUCGUUGUCCUCCCACUUUGUUCACUUCACUGAGCCAAUUGUGCCUCAGCUACCUGAACCUGAAAUCCAGCCGGUCCCUGUUGUCGAAGAGGUGCAAGUGCUGGAGAUGGCAGUGUCUACUAUUGCUUCGCAGCAAACCGAGCCGAUCAAGGCCAUUCCGGCUCCUGCGCCUGAACCGGUCGUCAUUCCUGCGCCGGUGCCGGAGCCUGUCUUGCCAAACUUGACCAUCUGCGCGCUAGACCCAGCCGUGACAGUACCAGUCAAGGCCGUACCUGUUCCCAUGCCGGAGCCGCUUCUUCCUAGCCUCUCGAUGUCCCUUCUUGAGCCUGCGUUGACGGAGCCCGUGCAAGCCAGGGCGGCCCCUCCUCCCGAACCGAUCGUCAUCCAGGCACCGCCACCAGAGCCCGUGAUCCCAGAGUUGGCGAUCGCUAUGGCGGACCCAGCCUUUACUGAGCCUCUCGCGCCAAAAAUGGCCGAACUGCCACCCCAGCCAGUGCACUCUAUCUCUGCACUCAGCUCUAUUGAAACCAAGCCAUUGCAAUCUGUUUCUAAGCCCAUUGUUCAAUUGAGCGAUAUUGCCAUGCAGACUGAUCCCGUUGACGUGCCAGAGGCUGCUGUGGUUGCGAAUAUCGUACCGGAUAGUGGACACGGGGCCACCGAGAUUGACCGGCAAAGUUCUGGAACUCGUACUGUUGAGCGACGAAUUAGCGCAGGCCUUGCUUUGAAUGAUGUUUCUGGCAACUCCUUGUUGCCCGAAUCUGACAGGCAACAGCCGAGCUUCGUCAGCUCCGACCACGGGUGCCAGACAAUUCUCUCGUCGAAGCAGAUUGAUCAGAUCUUGAUGGAUCGAGAAUCUUCCCGCCCUAUCUCCUCCGCAAGCUCUGGAAAACACGCCGCGGAAAUGGCAGCAAUUGGUGCCACUGCAGCAUCAUCCUUUGCCACCCCCAAGCUCCGACCUCGCCCUCAACCAGCUCUGUCCACAAGGUCUGCCGCGUCGAGCCAAAGACGACCCGAUACCGCAACCAGCCAAAAUUCCUCCCUUAGCGUUCAUCCCCCGUUGCCGGCUGACCAUCGUGAAGCUAUCGCGGCUGCCGAGAAAAGGUCUAUCGACAUCCCCAGUGCUUCUCUCCCCGCCAACAUGGGCCCUCCCGCUGCGCCAGCUUCGGCUUUCCGAGCGAAUUUGCACGCCGCUCCUCGCACGCCCAACGAGCCAAGCACAGGUCCUGGCUCCGCUCGAACCGUUUCCACCCAGACACGUGUGCGAAGGGGCAGUCAGAGUCAAAUGUCACGGCGGUCGUCAGUGUCUUCCUUUGCCUCUGAGAUCGAGGAACGUUUCAAUAUCCCUUAUGCUGGACCGGUGCCCCAUGGCUACAAUGCCAACACUGACCCGCGCAUGAUCCAAGCGAUCACUCAGACCAUGAUUGGCGAAUUCUUGUGGAAGUAUACUCGCAAGACUGGAUCUUCUGACAUGUCAUCUACCCGCCAUCGCCGCUAUUUCUGGGUUCACCCGUACACCCGUACAUUAUACUGGAGCGAGCAAGAUCCUCAAACGGCAGGUAAGGCACAAAUGCGAACCAAGAGUGUCCCCAUCGAGGCGGUUCGAGUGGUUGCGGAUGACAACCCCUAUCCGCCGGGCCUUCACUGCCGAAGUUUGGAGGUCGUUAGCCCAGGUCGCAAGGUCCGCUUCACCGCCACCACAAGCCAACGACAUGAAACGUGGUACAACGCUUUGUCUUAUCUGCUUCUCCGAGAGGGAAGUGAAAAGUCCGAGGACAAUGGCAGUGUCACUCUCGAUGACAUUGACGAAUUCAACCCUGGGUUCCGCUCCUCGUCGCGCCUGACGACUCGUAUGUCAGUUUCCUCCUACAACAGCCGCACACUCCGCCAGCAGCAGAGGCCACAGCGUGCAGCUUCGGCCAUGUCGAUGCGAUCGGGCGGUGGAACUCCAGGACGAGCAUCCCCCGCGUUGAGCACUUCUGGGCCUAAUGCGUCACUGCAAGUCCCAGAUGACCCUCAUCAGCGGUCGUCUUCUCGACUCAGCUCCAUCCUGAAUAGCUCAAUCCGAGGUUCAUUUUCCAGUCUCAAAACCCGUAAUGGACAACCGGAAAGUCUUGCGGAUGAGAGCAUUCGUGAUAAGCCCAGUAUAGAAACACUCGCACACGAAGCCGAUGACGAGGAUCGAUUGGAGAACGUUCGCGCUUGUUGCGACGGCAAGCAUGACGUGGGCUCGCUCUCCCGCAAUAGCAAGUUCAGCCCGCGGGUCAACCGCAUGCAUUCUCAUCAUUAA